AGUGUCUCUUUCAGUUGUGGCUCAUAUUGGGUCUCUGCGGUAUUAUGCCAUGCUUGUGCUGCUACUGAAUAGGCUCUCUCAUACAUAAAGUGCCUUUGUAUUGCAGCUCAGGUUUUUGUGGAUUAUAAUAGCAAUAUUUUUGCACAGUCAGCAUGGUAUGUGAGUGGGGAGUUCAGUUUCUGUAGCUUUGCAGAGUUUAUGUCGUGUUGCGUUAGUGCAGAGCUGUGUUGCCUGGGCUGUGUCACAGUGAGUCACCACAAGAGGGAGGGACUUAGGCAGGAGGACAAUGCUGGUGUUUGUGCAACGGCCCCUGAGUGGCGACUAGGUCUCUCAGAUCGCUCUCGCUUGAAUACCAUUGCUGCACACAUUGUUGAAGCGAAAGAAAAGUGGACAGCUUGAUCCUGCUUGUGGGAUGCACUGAGAGGGGGGACUAGUGUGAAAGGAGCGGAGCUGAAAGAAAGUUUCACAGAGAGGCUCAGUGAAAGGCAUGUGCAGAAUGUGAUUGGGCACUAGAAAUGCAAGUACAGAGCUGUAGUAAGAGAGGGAUCAAGAGGAACGGUUCAAAAGAGGAGGAUGGUUGUGGUGAAAGAUAAGAACUGAGGAGAAAUCAACAGAAAGACAGGAACCACUUGUAUUCCUGUGUAGCACAGCAGAGCAGGAAGACUGGCCAGAGGACACCAGUUAAGUUCAGGUGGUGGGUGCCACAUUAUAGCGGAGAGGAACCCCAAUGGUUCCCCACUGUGGAAGAACAGACACCACAUUGAUACCAUAGAGGCGGCAAGCUGCAUUUGUGCUGGAGUCAGGUGGGCCGGUAAGGGUACGGUAGUGGUGACACCUUGGGGCUGAGCAGGUGUGCCGAUCGGAGGAGGAGGAAGGAAACUGACGUGGGCCUGGAGCCCAGUGACAGCCAGGAUGGCCGAGCAGAAAGUUAGCCUACCUGCUAAGCUGAUUAAUGGGGGCGUGGCAGGGCUGGUGGGUGUGACCUGUGUGUUUCCUAUUGAUCUGGCUAAGACCCGCCUACAGAACCAGCAGGGUGCCCGAGUCUACACCGGGAUGCUGGACUGUUUGACGAAGACCGUUAAGAUGGAAGGCUACUUUGGGAUGUAUAGAGGUGCAGUAGUGAAUCUCACUCUUGUCACACCAGAGAAAGCCAUCAAACUGGCAGCAAAUGAUAUCUUCAGACAAAAACUCUCCAAGGAUGGGAAGUUGCCCCUAUGGGGGGAGAUACUGGCAGGAUGUGGGGCGGGGACGUGUCAGGUGAUAGUGACCACACCCAUGGAGAUGCUCAAGAUCCAGUUGCAAGACGCAGGAAGGUUGGCUGCCAUAACCAGAGUGGUCCAAGCACCCACUGCAGCUCCUGGUCCAGCGCCGUCAUUAGUGGCCCCCCCUACAGCCCAGCCAGCCCCACCACCACGGACCACUGCCAUCCGUAUCACCCUGGAGCUACUGAAAACACGUGGCCUGCCUGGCCUCUACCGGGGAGCAGGAGCCACAUUGAUGAGGGACGUCCCUUUCUCUAUGAUCUACUUCCCGAUGUUCGCCAACCUGAACGCGCUGGGCCGAGGAGGGCCGAGUAGCCAUGGAGACCUGCAGGAGCGGGCCCCCUUCCUGCAGUCCUUCACGGCAGGCUGCACAGCCGGAUCAGUGGCAGCUGUAGCUGUCACACCACUGGACGUCAUAAAGACUCGUAUACAGACCUUGCAGAAGGGGGAGGGGGAGGACACAUACCGUGGCAUUGUUGACUGCACACGGCGGAUCUGGAGUAAAGAGGGCCCAGCAACAUUCCUCAAAGGGGCGACAUGUCGCGCUCUGGUCAUUGCCCCUCUCUUUGGCAUCGCACAGGGGGUCUACUUUCUGGGCGUAGGAGAGCAGUUGCUAGGGCUACUGGAAUAGCAGCAGAAUGUGACCCUUUACAGUAUAGAACAUACUGCUUCAUUCACCAGUGAAAGUGAAUGGCGGGAGAGAGGAGUGUAGCCCUAACUGUAUGAGCACUGAGUACAUGGAGAGAGCGAGAGAAAGACCGAAAGAGAGAGGUCACAAUCAGUUAACCAAAUGAUGAGGAAGAGAGUGAAGGAUGAUGGGGAGGCUCUAUCUGCUAACAUGGGAAACAACAUUGCACACUAAUUAUGUUUGUCUAGAUUUCUAAAAUGUGUAAGCAGGGUUCUAUAGGUUAAAUAGGCUUCUGAGUGUAUAUGUAUGUGACUAAUCUGGAGGUGUGUCUCAGCCAGGUUGGUGUCUUAGGGUUGUACUUUCAACUUGAGAGCUAACUCUCCAUGGUUCUUAUGCAGAAGGGUCCUUGAGUUUGCCAUCACUAAGGAAGUUGCCAAGCUAUUGUGUUAUUUGAGUGACAAAACCCUCUUGAAAUUUGAUUUCAAACUAUCAAAUCUUUUUAUGAAUGUUUUAUAAUGUUGACUACAUUGCCAUGUUUGAUGAGAAGUCUAAACUAGAACUUGGCCCGCAUUUCAAAGUAAAUGGUUGACCUUUCACAGAGAGAUAUCCUUUUUGUUUUGUUUUAUGAAAAAGGACUUAACCUCCACAUUAGCUCAGUGAGUUGCUUUCCCAUCCGUGAGUCCAGAGUUGUAAUCUUGGACUCGUCCUGUGUCAAGCACUGCCAGUUAACUGUAUAGGGUCAGUUGUUAAUGCUUUAAUCCUAUCUCUGUACUGUAACCUGCUGAACAGCCAGGCUCCUCUCCUACAGUUUAGACUGCUGGGCCUGCACUCUGAGGCCUUACCUUCCUGUUCACCACAACUCUGAGGCUCGGAAGCAAACCUUGUCUAGCUGUAUUACUGUUAGCUUAACUUUUUUAAUGCUUCUAUGAAUGACACGUCAGUUCACACAAUAAAAAUUAUAAAAAAUAAAGCCUUAUUUUGCUGA